GACGCCACAUCCGGGCGGGUGGGCGAGUUCCGGUAUUUCAGGGAGGAGCAGGCGGAAGUGGGGGUGAGAAGCGGCUGCAGCGCCGAGCGGAGGAGGCAGGAAGCCGAGAGCGAGCAGGGGCUGGGUGGGCACCAUGGCCGGGAUCACCACCAUCGAGGCGGUGAAGCGCAAGAUCCAGGUUCUGCAGCAGCAAGCCGAUGACGCAGAGGAGAGGGCCGAGCGCCUGCAGCGGGAAGUGGAGGGGGAAAGGCGGGCACGGGAGCAGGCUGAGGCCGAGGUGGCCUCCUUGAACCGUAGGAUCCAGCUGGUAGAAGAAGAGCUGGACCGGGCCCAGGAGCGCCUGGCCACUGCCCUGCAAAAACUGGAGGAAGCCGAGAAAGCCGCUGACGAGAGCGAGAGAGGCAUGAAGGUGAUUGAGAACCGAGCCCUAAAGGAUGAAGAAAAGAUGGAGCUCCAGGAAAUCCAGCUCAAGGAAGCUAAGCACAUUGCGGAAGAGGCGGACCGCAAGUAUGAAGAGGUGGCUCGGAAGUUGGUGAUUAUCGAGGGGGACUUGGAACGCACAGAGGAACGAGCUGAGCUGGCAGAGUCUAAGUGUUCUGAGCUGGAGGAGGAGCUGAAGAAUGUCACCAACAACCUCAAGUCUCUUGAGGCUCAGGCGGAGAAGUACUCUCAAAAGGAAGACAAAUACGAAGAAGAGAUAAAGAUUCUUACGGAUAAACUCAAGGAGGCGGAGACCCGUGCUGAGUUUGCCGAGAGGUCAGUGGCCAAGCUGGAGAAGACGAUUGAUGACUUGGAAGAUGAGCUCUAUGCCCAGAAACUGAAGUACAAGGCCAUUAGCGAGGAGCUGGACCACGCCCUCAAUGACAUGACCUCUAUGUAA